GCCUUGCGUUCGUGUCGUUACUACACGGGUAACCAGCAGUCUUUCCGGAUUUGAUGCACGAAGCACAUGGGCGCAAAGGAAGAAUGUACUACUUCAGGCCCUUGCGCCAAGAAGAUCACUUCGUGACAUUGCGUCAAAUGUUUUCGUGUUUCAUGUUGAAGGUUCUAUCAGGCGAGCGAUCAAAGAUCUUGAACUUACUUAUUCACACGUAACUUUGGUGCAGCAUGGAAAAAGGCGAAAAACGUUUCUUAACAAAUUUCAGAAGUAGUUAUGAAGAGAAUAAAGUAGAAGCGGACUCGUAUGUUAAGCUAAAACAACCCGAUUAUCCCAAAAGUGACGUUCACGCUGGUGAAGGAACCUCUAACCAUACUAGUGACCCACGACGAUGUCGGUUUGAACAGGCGGUAGUAAUAUGGGUUAUGUGUGCCGCUUCGCUUAGCCUCUCCAGCGUGUGUGGACUGAGACUAUGGCACGUGCAAGAUCAGUUGUUCGUUUUAAAGGCAGAAUACAGCAAACUGGAAAAAAGAAUACCGGUUUUCGAAGACAUUAAGUUACAGAUUGAUGGGAUGAUACAAGAGCGUUUAGACCGCCAUCUGGUGAUGACAAAUAGAUUCAGAAGAGAAGCAUCAGCAGCAGAGUGUCUUUGCCCGCCAGGACCUCGAGGGAUCAGAGGACCAGUAGGACUAAAAGGACAUUUGGGGCCACCAGGAAGACCUGGUUUUCCAGGUCCAAUGGGCUUACCAGGAAUUCCAGGACAAGGAGGAGCAAAAGGACAAAAGGGAGAGAAAGGAGACUCUGGAUACACAACAUACUCUUCAUCAAAGGAUGUAAAACGUUCUGUCACUAGACUGCAAGGGGGAGCAGUAGGUACUGCAGAAAUUAUUGUUUUUAAGGGAGACCGGGGGGAACCAGGACCUCCUGGUCCAGCAGGUCUUCCAGGGUAUGAUGGGAGAAGUGGACUCCCAGGAGAACCGGGUCCACCAGGUGAGCCAGGACCACCUGGACCUCCAGGAAAAGAG